CAUCUACCAGGAAGUACAAUAUAGGGAGGCUGUAAGUGGAACACGGACUAUGAAACAUGACAUCUCGAGUCAUAAUAAUGUGUUUGUUUCAUCUUAGUAUGAUCAAUGGCGUGGCAGCAUGUGGGGGAAUUUCAGCUUUGAAAGGUGAGUUGUAGAGAUGUGUAAAGGAGGCGCAGCCACAGACCGUCAGUUCUACCUACACGGGUCUCCAGCAGGCGGUGUACAGCGAUGUGACUGUUACCUGACUAUCGCGGGUGUUGCAACGACAGUGUAUUUUACUCCAGUCAGCGUGACUAACACUUCAACAACCUGUGGAGGUAAACUGACACUACAGGAUGGCUCAAGGAGAGACUGUGGAUGGACGUCCACGACACAAUAUGUUAUGUAUCCAGGCACCAGUGUGGUCUCCUUUGCCUACAACGCUCCAGAUAUCAGGUUUUGUGUGGAGGUAAAGGUAACCGCAGCAGCGGCCAGCGUAAAUAUAGAAUGCCCUCUUUCUACAACGACAACGACGACACUAACUCCAUCAACUACAACGCCACCGCAAACGACAACCGUUAAUGUCAUUUCCUCAUCAAUAUCGACUACUACAGCAUCACUCGCAACAUCACCACUUCAUGUCUUUACUUCAUCUUCCACAUCGACACCUAGUUCAACUAAACCUUUGUCUACUUCGACAUAUACUACUGUGUUGGCGUCUACCACAGGGUCGACAACAGUGUUAUCGUCAGAAAACCGAUCAUCCUCACCCGUCACAAACACUCAAUCUGGUACUGAUGACAGUAAACCUGAAGGCACAACAGUGGAACACACGUCUUUCCCCGGUUUGUUAAUCGCCGGAUGGGUGAUAGCGGCGGUCGUUGUUUCUGUCAAUGUCGUGGUGGUUGUUUUGCUGAUAAGAAAACAAAGGCAGUCCAAGUAUGAAUCAAGAGCUACUUGCCAACAGUCUGUGUCAACACAGACAGAUGGUGGCUCUAUCUACGAAAUGCUGGACCAGAACAAUGUGACAAAACCUGAUACACUGUACGAGAGAAUUGAAACACAGUCUGCAGCACCUGGUGUGAAGGAUUACUACAACAUUGAGAUGGGUGAUUAUUGUAACCCUUAGUUUAUCCAUUUGUGGACAUAUAUUUGGAUUCCUUUCUGAUUAGGAGAA